UUUACUUACCUUAAACAUUUUAGAUUUCCUGUGUUAUGGAUGCUGUACGAUGCUCUGUGUUGAACUGAUGUAGAAUCCAACUUGGAAAGGAAUUUUAUAUUGAAUGGUAUAUAGUGUAAAUCAUAUGUACCUACAAAAUUCGUUUUUUGAAUAAUUAAAGGAAGUUAACGUUAAGGGUCAAAAUCGAAGGAUAGUGUUUCAUUUGAUAAUUGUCUUAUUAAUAACUUAUUGUCAACAAUUUUAAUAAUUGUUUAAUUGGCCAGCAAAAUUCAUUCGAGACCAUUUACCUUUCUUUCGAUUUACAUUAUGAUCGAAGUAAAUAUCGGCCUGUACACAGUACAGCAAAGCGAACGGAAAAGCUGAACUACCAUAAUUAGCUUCGGAAGGGUCUGGUGGAAGUAGAAAGAAUGUGCGAAAAAAUGAAAUCGAAAAUGAUCCAAAUCCAUCAAACCGUAUAAAAGUUCUUUGCCCAAUUAGCUCUGACAUCAGUUCCCAAAAGACGCUUUUGCAAGCAACAUUCCAAGUGGCACCCACAUACACAGGAGAUCGAAAAUGUUCAAGAUCAUCACUCUGGUCGCCUGUUUGGCCGUUGUUGCCUCCGCACGAUACUUUGAAGUAGAUCACGGUCAUCAUCACGAGGAUUACCAUCAUUCACACCCGAAGUACAAGUUUGAGUAUGGAGUUAAGGAUGGCCACACCCACGAUCACAAGAGCCAGUGGGAACACCGUGAUGGAGAUGUCGUGAAAGGACAGUACACUCUGGAUGAGGCUGAUGGCACUCACCGUGUGGUUGAUUACAGCUCGGACCACAAGGGAGGAUUCCAGGUUCAUGUUCAGCGCAACGGACACGCUCACCACCCACACGGAGAAAGCUACGUUAAAAUCGAUCAGCACUAUUGAUUUGUUCAGCUCUUUUGAUGAUAGAUUGUUAAUGUGUAAAUAAACCUCUGUUUUAAAAUUGAAA